CCUGCUACUACUACUUUGUCCGUUAUGAUGGACCGUCUCCAUUGCAAAAAGUCUUGCACUUAUGGUGCACGACAUACUGGGAAUUUUUUGCACGUUCAUCAGAUCAUCAGCUAUUACAAGAGAUUUCAUUUUCUCCCAAAUCAGCUAUUGCCAGAGUACUCAUUCAUUCAAAAGUCACACUUGAUGGAAGCGUUAUUGGAAAGUCUGGUAAAAUUUCUGAAUUCUCCCAUAAUCCAGGAGGAGCUUGGAUUGCUUUGUGGUAUUGAAACAGAGUUACAAAAGCUUUCAAGCUUGCUAUCAACAACCAAAGCAGUGAUUGAAGAUGCCGAGCAGAAGCAGUUUACUGACAAGGCAAUUCAGCUUUGGCUGCAGAAGCUCAAUCUUAUUGCUUAUGAAGUCGAUGACAUAUUAGAUGAUUAUGCAACUGAAGUCUCGAGAGAACCGAAGUGCAACAACAUAUGUUGCAAUGUAUUGGAUUGUCUUCCAGCAACAUCAAACAUAUGGUUUCGGCACAGGCUUGGAGCAAGGAUGAAGGAAAUCAAUGGAAAAUUUGAUGCAGUUGCUGAUGAGAGAAUAAAGCUUGGAUUAAGUGAUCAGAAGCGUGGGAGCAACCACUUUUUGCUUGAUUCCACUGCAACACGUGAGACUGGUUCCUUGCUAAAUGAACCUGAUCUAGUCCUUGGAAGGGACGAGGAGAAAGACGAGAUUGUGAAAAUAUUGGUGAAUCAAGUCAGCGAUAAUCAAAAUGUAUCAGUGCUCCCUAUAGUGGGUGUUGGAGGCCUUGGAAAGACAACACUUGCACAAUUGGUCUUCAAUGGUAAGCGCGUAAUUGAGCAUUUUGAGCUAAAACUCUGGGUUUGGGUUUCAGAGGAUUUUGAUGUGAAGAGGAUAAUAAAAGCCUUAAUUGAGUCUGCAAAAGGGACUUCUGCUGAAGCCCUAGGCAUGGAUCCUCUUCGAAGAAAACUUCAAGAGUUGUUGAGAGGGAAAAGAUACUUGAUUGUACUGGAUGAUGUCUGGAAUGAGAAUCCAGAGGAAUGGGAGAAACUGAAAUCUGUUCUGGAAUGCGGCUCAAGAGGUAGUUCAAUUGUCACAACAACUCGUGUGGAGAAGGUUGCCACAAUAAUGGGCACAUUACAGAAACAUUAUCUGUCAAGUUUGUCAAACAAUCAGUGUUGGUCAUUGUUUAGGCAACGGGCAUUUGGUCGUCAAGAGGCAGAAAAAUAUCCUAACCUUAUAGCCAUUGGAAAAGAGAUUGUGAAAAAAUGUGGUGGUGUUCCACUAGCUGCAAAGGCUCUCGGAGGCUUUCUACGAUUCAAGAGAGAAGAAACUGAAUGGAACUUUGUGAAAUCUAGUGAGCUUUGGAACUUACCUGAAGUUGAAACACAUAUCUUGCCCGCAUUGAGAUUGAGCUACCUUAAUCUUCCGGUAGAGUUGAGAGGUUGCUUUGCAAAUUGUGCAGUAUUUCCCAAGGGCUCUGAAAUUGAAAAAGAAGAGGUAAUACAUUUGUGGAUGGCAAAUGGAUUGAUUUCAUCUAAUGGAACGAUGGAAGUGGAAGAUGUUGGUGAUGCUGUGCUGACUGAACUACAUUAUAGAUCACUGUUCCAAGCUAUGGCGAAAGAUGAGUUUGGCAGUGUCCUCACUUUUAACAUGCAUGACCUUGUCCAUGAUCUAGCUCAAUCUGUAAUGGAGGCGAAACAAGGUGGAACAGAGUCAAAAAGAACCAUGAUGUUGUUUCUGGGACAUCAGCUAACAAUGGCUUUUCCUAUUACAAGCACAGGCAUUGAUCAGUUUUCUUCUUUCUUGUCAAAAUGUGGUUCCUUGAGGGCGCUCAUUGUAAGCUCAAUGUGGUUGAAAGAACAAUUUAUGAAGUUGCCACUUGCAGUAAGCAACCUGCAACAUUUGAGGCAUCUAAAUCUUUCAAGAUCUGAAAUUGUUGAACUACCCAAAUUCAAUUUGUGACUUGUGGAAUUUACAAAUUUUAAACCUAAAUGAUUGUGCUGAACUUCAAAGUCUACCCAAAGGCAUGAGAUUCCUCAGAAAUCUUCGACAUCUUUGUCUACGAGGGUGCUUGGGAUUGACUCACAUGCCAAGUGAAAUGGGGAAGUUGACUUGCCUACGGACGUUGAGUAUGGUCAUCCUGGGUGGCAAAAGAGGCUUCCGACUAAGUGAGUUGAAAGACUUAAAUAUGCUUAGAGGAGAGCUAUCAAUUAGGCACAUUGAGAGGGUUGAAGACAAAAACGAUGCAGAAGAAGCUUGCUUAAUUCAAAAACAGUCUCCGCAAGUUGUAUUUGGAUUGGGAUUCUGAAAGAAUGUUUGAAAGGCACAAUGAUGUGGAAGUGCUCAAAGCCUUGAAACCCUGCCCCAACCUUCAAUUGCUGCAUACACAAGGCUUCAAUGGUUCAUCUUUUCCACCUUGGAUUUCAACUGUAACAAAUGUUUAUGUGCUCCAAAGUGCAGCGGAGUACAUAGUUGGGGCCCAGGAGAGUACUGCCGCUGUUGCUGCAAUGUCCCCAUUGUUGAAACAACUGCAGUUAACGAGGAUGCCCAACCUAGAAGGAAUGUUAGGAAGAGAAGUCCAAGGUGCUGCUAAUACUCCGGGGGUAUUCUCUCAACUUCAAUACUUGUCUUUUGUUUAUUGUCCAACGUUGACAUUGCCAUUGCCACUUAUCCCAUCCCUACAGAAGUUACUUGUCUGGAAAUGCCCGAACAUGGCAUGGGCUUCAAUCUCCAAUCUCACUAGUCUUAAAUCCCUUAUAAUUAUGGACAUUGAAGGAUUGAGUUGUUUUCCAGAAGAGAUGCUACAAAAUCUUAGCCUUCUUGAAUCCCUGGAAAUUAGGGAGAUGAAGAAUCUUCGAGCCUUACCCAGAAGCUUGGCUAGCCUCACGGCUUUGAAGGAGUUGGCCAUCGCGCACUGUGCCCAGCUGAAGUCUCUACCAAAAGAAGGAUUGCGAGGCCUUGCUUCUUUGCAGAGUUUCAAUAUCUACGAAUGCUAUAAUUUGGUGAGUCUCUCAAUGGGGACUAAAGCCCUCAAAUCCCUAACUCAUCUACGCAUUUCAAGGUCAAACGCGAUAACUCUGCCAGAGGAAGUCAAAUAUUUGCCCGCACUACAAAAACUAGAGCUGAAUGAUUUUCCCAAUCUAACUUCAGUGCCGGACUGGUUUGGAAACCACCUAACUUCUCUUCAAGACUUGACACUAAAAUAUUGUCCCAAGCUUGAAACACUUCCAUCCAGCAUUCAAAUGAUGACAACACUCCAAAGUUUGACUAUAUUUGGCUGCGCCCUGUUGGGACCACAGUGCAAAAGGAAAGGAGAGGAAUGGCACAAAAUUAAGCACAUCCCGGACCUGAGUAUUUGAUAAUACAAUUAUGUAUGUGUGGGCCUGCUUAUAACAUAAUUAUGUAAUAAAGUAUUUGUGUACUGUCCUGUAAGUGUGGAGAAGACCAACACUAGUACGUAAUUGAUACAAUGCCUACUUGAUAUGAAUUUAGUCAUUUGCUAGAGGUUGUAUUAAAUGAAGAAGAUAUUUGGGAUUUCA